UAUUGAUGGAAAUGCGCUUCCGAAUGAAAGUCAACACUACUAGUACUGUCGAAUCACCUACUACUCAUGCAUGGGGAGGCUAGUUUUUCUAGAACGCAUCAAGAUACAAAGACGCACUUUUCCGAAUCGCGAAUGCUCACUAGGAUUCAGCCCCGCGCGUUCCACGGGGGAAGAGUGAUUGACUUGAGUGCCACCCCACAGCGACGAUUACGCCCGACCACCCUUCAUGGUUCGACAAACUCGCACCUCGACGCGUCACAACGAUUCGAGCGACGCUGAAAAUGCGAGCCCUAAGGCUCAAGAGACUCGUCGUUCGCACAAGAAGUCUCGCAAUGGAUGCGCGGAAUGCAAGCGCCGUCACAUCCGCUGCGACGAGCGCCGGCCCUCGUGUGCCAACUGCGAAGUCGCAGAGCGCGCGUGCUUCUUCCCACCGCCAAAGGUGAGCAAGCAGAAGCGCAGACAAGAGCAACUUCAAUUGCGGAGCGAGAAGCCACAAAGCCCACUGCUACCCUCACAGCCUCUUCAUCAACAAAACAAUUACUCCGAAGUCACACAUGCGCCAACACAACCGUCUCAUUGCUUGCCGCCAAGCCAUGGAGUUGUGCCAGGCGUGAUCGGCCUCGACAUCAAUUCUCACCAGACUCCUUCUCUCGCUUCGCCCAUGUUGCUGAGCGGCAACCACGCUCCUCCAUCUCUCGACUGCCAUGAUGCCUUUUCAAUAUUAGGCACACCAAACGCCCCCUCGGAGGCGAUCUAUACACCACAGCACAUGAUUCUGCUCCACCAUGCAAGCUCAGUCCCAAAUUUCACCGGCCCAGCCCGGAGCGCCGUCGACAUUGCCGUCCGCCACGCCGUCAACUCGUCCUACCUCCUUGACGAGGUCCUCGCUUUCACAGCCUUUCACAUGAUCCAUCUCUAUCCCGGCUCAGCCGAUCAUCUCCAACAUCUUGCCACAGAGCUCCAGAACCGCGCUCUCUCUUCCUUCACCCGUCUCACAGAGACCGUGCCCAAGGACGACAAAGCUACCGCCGUCCCUCGCUUCCUCUUCUCCGCCAUCUUAGGUAGGCAUGUUCUCGCCGACACCCUCGCUCACUAUCGAUCCGACUUCAAGUCCUUCAUCGACCGCCUCGUUGAGUGUUUUAACCUUAACCGCGGCGUCACCUCCGUCACACCGCUAGCCCGGGACUACCUACAAAACACCGAGAUCUCACCCUUCCUCAAUAUCAUUCCAGAGGCUGCAAAGAAGAUGGGUCCAACGGGUGACGAGUUUGGGCCUCUGAGACGCCUUCUGGAUGACUCCGACCUCAGUGAAGCGAGCACAGAGGCAUGUCGCGAAGUCAUUGAGCUCUUGCAGUGGUGCUUUGAUAUCUGCCACGUCCUCGACGAAGAAGAUUACCCCCAAGCCGCGUCGACGUUCUCGGUCAAGGUGCCGGUUGGAUUUGUUGACAUGCUGCGGAAGCAUCGUCCCGAGGCCCUCAUCAUUCUCGCCCAUUAUGGCGUAUUACUGCACCGCUGUCGCGGCUUUUGGCUCUUUGCCGACGCUGGCGCCUUCAUCAUCCGCGCUGUUGCCAGGCAUUUGGGGAGUUACUGGCAAGAGGCACUCGCAUGGCCGCUUGAUGUGCUUGAGACGGAGGGCAUUUGUGUGGCCAAGAGCCAGGAAAGAUCUCGCGGUCUUACGGACGACAUCGCCUCAGGCUUCGAAAAUAUCUUGUAAGAAUAAAGAAAGAGGUUUGAUAUAAUCCUCAAAGAGAUUAUUCAAAUAGAUAUACACGGCAUAAAGAACACAAAUGCACCCUUUGACUCAUAAAGCACAAGCCCGAUAAUUGCUGACCGUACUUUAAGACAACUUGACUAGAUAGCUCCCA